AUGGAAGACAAAUCUAAUUCGUUCUCCAGCAACAAGGAGGAGAAGGCGGAUGGGAAUAAUGUUUUUCAGAGGCAAGACUCGAUACAGAAAAAUAACACGGGGAGCCAGAACAUGAAGGACCAUGGCAACUCAGUGGGCUUCAAGGGGGAGCGGGAAGAAACCAUGGUUGGUUUUGAUGAUCUGGAGGGGGCGUCCAGGCAAUAUGGUUUUAUGCAGAGGCAAUUUGGGGCCAUGAUGCAGCCCGGAGUCAAUAAGUUCUCCUUGCGUAUGUUCGGCAGCCAGAAAGCUGUGGAGAAAGAGCAAGAAAGGGUUCAAACGGCCGGAUACUGGAUCAUUCACCCAUAUAGCGAUUUUAGGUUCUACUGGGACUUGAUAAUGCUCAUCAUGAUGAUGGGGAAUCUAAUCAUCAUUCCUGUGGGAAUAACCUUCUUCUCAGAGCAGACUACCACCACCUGGCUGGUCUUCAAUGUGGCUUCGGACACCAUCUUCCUGGUGGACCUGGUCAUGAACUUCAGAACGGGGAUCGUCAAUGAGGAGAGCUCAGAGAUCAUCCUCGAUCCCAAGGUCAUCAAGAUGAAUUACCUGAAGAGCUGGUUCGUUGUGGACUUCCUUUCCUCCAUUCCGGUGGAUUAUAUAUUUUUGAUAGUGGAGAAAGGCUUUGACUCAGAGGUAUAUAAAACAGCCCGUGCCCUGCGAAUCGUCCGCUUCACCAAGAUCCUCAGUCUUCUGCGUCUGCUAAGAUUGUCCCGACUCAUCAGAUACAUACAUCAGUGGGAGGAGAUUUUCCAUAUGACCUAUGACCUGGCUAGUGCAGUGGUAAGAAUAUUUAAUUUGAUAGGUAUGAUGCUGCUUCUGUGUCACUGGGAUGGCUGUCUCCAGUAUCUGGUGCCUCUGCUGCAAGACUUCCCCCCUGACUGCUGGGUGUCCCUAAAUGGUAUGGUUAACGUUUCUUGGGGUAAGCAGUACUCCUAUGCCCUCUUCAAAGCCAUGAGCCACAUGCUGUGCAUCGGGUACGGUGCCCGGGCACCAGUCAGCAUGUCUGACUUGUGGGUGACUAUGCUGAGUAUGAUUGUAGGUGCCACGUGCUACGCUAUGUUUGUCGGCCAUGCUACAGCUCUAAUCCAGUCACUGGACUCCUCACGUAGGCAGUACCAAGAGAAGUAUAAGCAAGUGGAGCAAUACAUGUCCUUCCACAAGCUUCCAGCAGACAUGCGGCAGAAAAUCCAUGACUACUAUGAGCACCGCUACCAAGGAAAAAUCUUUGAUGAGGAAAACAUCCUGAGUGAACUCAAUGACCCACUCAAAGAGGAAAUUGUCAACUUUAACUGCCGCAAGCUUGUGGCCACCAUGCCUCUGUUUGCCAAUGCAGACCCCAACUUUGUGACGGGGAUGCUGAGCAAAUUGAAGUUUGAAGUUUUUCAGCCCAAUGACUACAUUAUCAGGGAAGGCACUGUGGGGAAGAAGAUGUACUUUAUUCAACAUGGUGUUGCAAGUGUCAUCACCAAGUUUAACAAGGAGAUGAAGCUGACUGAUGGGUCCUACUUUGGAGAGAUCUGUCUGCUCACCAAGGGUAGACGAACAGCGAGUGUGCGUGCAGACACCUAUUGUCGACUCUUCUCCCUCUCUGUCGACCAUUUUAAUGAGGUGCUAGAAGAGUACCCCAUGAUGCGACGUGCUUUUGAAACUGUUGCCAUUGACCGAUUGGACCGCAUCGGGAAGAAGAACUCCUUGCUGCUGCAGAAGUUCCAGAAGGAUCUGAACGCCGGUGUUUUCAACACACAGGAGAACGAGCUACUGAAGCAGAUUAUACGCCAGGACAGGGAGAUGGUAAUGAUGGUGGACCGCAAGCAGUCAGUAACCGGGAUGAACUCAACACCAAUGUCAGGAAAUUCCAUUAUUAACUCACCGGCCCAGCCUCCCUUCUCCACUGCUUUUGGCACCAGUCAGCUACAGCAGUCCUCUGUACCCCUGACCUACAGUGCUUCAGCUAUUGCCAAUGCCUCCGCUGCCCGCAUGAUGCCAGCUGCUGCCGCUGCUGCUGCUGCAGCCCAGGGGCUUUACCAAACUCAAAGUGGCAACCUAAGUUCCUCUUCAACCAACCCACAGACCCCACUUCAGCAGCAAGGCGCAAUCAUGUCGCCCUGCUCCUUCACAGCUGCCAUGUGUAGUCCGCCUGUGCAGACCCCGUUGGCUAGCCGGAGCUUCCAGUAUGGCUCCCCCACAGCUUCCCAGCUGUCACUUAUCCAACAACCCAUUGCCCAACCAUCUCUAUCUACACAGCAACAGCUUGCUCAGCAGCCUGCUGCAUCAACUGCAGCUGCAUCCUCUGCAGCGCAGCAACAACAGCAACAGCAGCAGCAGCAGGCGUCACCUCAGCAGCAGGUCCCUUCACCUCAGCGGGGAGACAUCCACAAGAGCACGCAGGCUCUACAAUCAGGCAGCUUGAGUCGAGACAUCCGACACUUAUCAGCCUCCCAACCAUCACUACCACAUGACACAUCGCUGGGGCCCAGAGCGCAUCCAACCUCAGGAGACUCUCUGGCCUCCAUCGUGCCACCAACAGCAGCGGCGAUCCAGGGAAUGAAUCUACAGAGUGGCAUCCGCACCACUGUGCCCCAGCGGGUUAAUUUAUUCCGCCAGAUGUCGUCAGGAGCCUUGCCCCCUGUGCGCUCGGCUGCAGCAGCAGCAGCAGCUGCAGCAGCAGUGGUAGCAGCAUCGUCAUCCUCAACCCAGCACAGGGAUUCUCCUGGAUCUAGAAGAGAUUCUGUCCUGAGCAGUACAGAGACUGAGCAAGACAAAAUGCGUUUUGCAUCAAAUUUAUGAUCCCAUUUUACCCUUCCUCUCUUUUUUUAAACAAAAAUAUGUUUCAAAUCAUUUUUAAUGGCGAUAGAACAAAAGAGGUAAAAAUGAGGAACUUCUGCAUUUUUUUUCUCUCCAGUUUUCUUCUAAAGUAACCUCAUAGAAAACCUGUAUAUAUAACCCUUGUAUUAUAUUUUAGACAAUUUUGUCUCCCUAUACUUAAGAAUGUAUAUUAUACAGAUACAUGUCCUUUGUUUUAUAUAUAUAUAUAUAUAUAUAUAUAUAUAUAUAUGGAUGUGAAAGUGUGUGUGCACGUGUGUGCACGGGGAUGUGUGUUAGUCUGCAUGGGACCAUGCGAAAAAAAGAUCCACCACCAACAUUGGCAAUGAUAAUUUAAAGCUGUAGUAUAAACAUGAGUCUUCCUUUCUGAGAAAUGUAAAGAAUUAUAUAAAUAUAUAAAUAUAUAAAAUUACUUUUUUUUUUUUUUUCAUUGAUUUUUUUUUUAAAGUGUAAACAUGUGUUGUGGAUUCUCACAAUGACGUUUUCUUUUUCUACUAGAAGAAGAGCAAAAUUAUAUUCUCCUACUCAGCAGCUUUAGCACCACUGUGGAAGAUUAAAUGCAAAUAAUGCUAACCAAUAAUUCAAAAGCACACAAUCAGUCUAUAUCCAUAUCCCUGAAAACUCUCAGAAAUCUCAGAACAAUACUACAAUACUGUAUGUAUCCUGUUGCUGUCCGCAAUGAAAAAUACAGUCCGAUGAGCCACUACAUCCCCACAGAGGCACACACACACAAACCAUGGCAGUGUUAUGGGUCCAAAGGGAAUAGAUAAUAGAAAUGCUGCUUUCUUUGUUUAUUUUGGAGGAAAAUGAAGUGUGUGGACAGAUAUGGACGGAUGUUAUUGUUUUCUAUUUCUGAUUUCUGAUGGCUGAGAUGUUACUUAAUGUUGCUUAAAAUUUCUGUGUAUAUUUAUAGUAUUUAUAAACUAAAGAUUAUCACCAUUAUGCAAUAGACUGUGACAUAAAAAUUACCUAUAUGUGUCCUGUAAAUAGUUUUGUAGAGCUAGUAUUUACAGAUACUGUGUGGUGCAUUCUCUAUCAUAACAAUGUCUUACUUCUAUCAGGAACCUGGAGAUCAUCUAUAAGAGAUAAACAAACCUUAAUGCAAUAGCUAGCACUACUUGAUGCUGAGAAAUGCCUGAUUGAAGGACAUUUAUAAUUCUUUUCUUCUCUCUCUCUUUCUCUCUUUCUGCCUCUCUGUAUACUACCCUUAAUCCUAGUAUAGUUUCUGAUUUAACAUGGAUCGAACAUACAGUAUAUAAUAUUUACCUACAAUACGCAACUUCAUUUCAGAGUCAUCCUAUUAAAAGUAAAUGCUUCUUUUCUAUAACCUUACUUCCAGAUACUGCCAGGGGUCACGUAACACACAACUGGUAUGAACUCUAUGGCUUACGUGUGGAAAUUUGGCUUUCUUUCUUUUAUCUUCUUUGUUUUUUUUGUUUUUUUUUGUAUUUUAUAUAUAGUACCAGUCAAAAAGUUUGGACACACUCACAAUUUUGUGCUAGCCCUGCUCCUGGAGUAAAUCUGUACUGUACGCUGUCCUAUCACAGUUACUGUAGCUGAAGCACAACAUUUAUAGUACAUAUGCUUUAGGUUGAAGACAUCAAGUCACUCGUGUGCAGGAGGACAUUUUCACCAAACUGCUGUAAGUGAGGAAAAAGAAAUGCUGGUUUGCAUUAAGGUUUCUGUCUCAUGUAAAUCCAUUAUGUGGGCUUAGCUACUCUAAACUGACCUGGACUUUGAGGCAUGGAAGUAAGGUUGAGUAAGAAUAUUGGGCACUGUCAAAAAGAAUAUUUUAAACAUUUUAAUCUGAACAAAAUAUUUGAUGACAACUUGUUUCCCUUUAUAUACAACAGGUUGUGCAUUGUGCUUAGGGCCUUAAUGCAGUCUUCUUGAUCAAAUGUCAUGCAGAAUACCUGUUUAGAGUCACAUGGCACCAAACAUCCCAUCAGUUCAAAGUGACUAAGCCCUCAGAGCAACCAUUUUAAAAGAUCGGUCUUCACUACAGGUUGUGUCGAUAGUGUACCAAUACAGUCAACCCACCACGAAAGCAUGCGCUGUCACAAAUACUUAAAAAGAUACUAUCUCAAAAAUGUUGACGUUAAAUGUAAUGUUAGAUUAUGUUUUGUUCAUUGUCUGUCUGCCUAGAUGUUAUCUGUGUGUGAACAGAAGCAUUGACUUUUCACAUGGACAUUCUAAAGUAUUUGUGCCUAAACUAUAGCCAUGUUCCAUCCUUUGUUAUGAGUGUGAGCUUGGUGCAU